GGGGCCUGGCUCCUCUACGAGGAGACUGUUUGCGAAAUAGUCUUUUCAGUAAGGGACGACCAACCAGAGUUGCUGACCUAUUGACCACUAGUAGACCAUCACCCAUGUUCCCUCUGACACCCAGGAAUCUACCCAGUCAACUACAUUCAUCUCAGUCUAGCUCCACCGUGGGUGUGCGGAUGGCGGGUGUGCGGGUGUGCCAACAUGGAAAGGGCGAGAUUCUACACACACACCCCCCGCAAAUCUUAGCCCACUUAUGUUUCCUCUUACUCCUAUCGUCUCCAAUUCAUCCAUUUUUCAAAUCUGACUGCGACCAUGACCGAGAUAGCAACGCUAACUACAAUUCUUCCCAUAGUGGCCACGCUCCAAAAUGGACGUGAGAAGAGGGAACUCCACUCGCUCGUGACGGAGAUAAUCAUGCCUGAGUUUGAUCAAAUCAUCGAGACUCUCAACAUCUGUGCCAACAUGCUUCUUUACAACUCCCCACAGCACCCAGACCCGGCCAAACGCAUCGAGAGGGGCCCUCCAGUGAAGCUCCCGGUGUCGUCGUCUAAGCUGGAAAUGGUCAAGGGCAUAAUCACCCGUGACGGGAUCUAUGUGACCCAUCUCUCGGUCAACCUUCGUGAGGCUCAUUUCAACCGUCAUAUCCACCGGAUCACCUUGGACCAGCCCAUCUUGCUCCCACAGCUCAUCACGGCCAAGGAGAGCAUCGACAACGCUGUGCUCCUCCUACAGAACUUCAAUGCAGACCAGAACCAUUCGGACUUGUGUACUUCUUUUGAAAACAUCCUAGAGGAAGUUUCCCGGGCAAAGCAUCUGUUACAACUCCCAACAGACCCUUCGUUAGUGUUCCCACAGCACGAGAUAGAGGCCCAAUGGUUCCGUCCUUCAUUGCCCCACAAUUUGGCGUUGGACAUGUACAUCAACCAGGCCGAGCUAUGCAUCGAUUUGAAGAACUUGCAUCGUGUCACCGAGGAGCCAUGGUGCCAUAUAGACCCACAAACGGGCAAAUCGUACGUGGACACGGUCCGAGACGAAAUGAAGGCGGGGAAACCCUUGGACAGUAUCAUGGAGGAGCUUGACCACCGGGGAAGCCAGGGGGGUUCUCCAUCGAGCACCCCACGAACAGCGGCUGGUUCAGGGAGCGCCACGCCGACCCACAGUGGAGGUGCAGCUUCUGGUCUUGCCGCAACCUUGAGCCAUCUUCUCAAGCCUAAAAUUGACCCGAUGGAGUACGUGACGAAAUGUAGCACCUAUGCCAACUCUGUCGUGAUGGUUACUAAAAAGAUAGAGGUAUCAUCGCCAGAUCCAUUGUUGGUGAGUACAAGUACAAAAUUGGACAGUUUAGAGAACAUCAUAUCAUGUUUUCUCCACAACUUGAAGGCUGUGAAUUGAGACAAGACAUGCGACCCAGUAAGGGCAAACUGAGUUUCCGGGAGCCCCUCACCACCACAUGCCACAGGGAAGAGAGCAGUGGGGAUCUCCGUACGGUGUAUGCGAGCCGCUCCGCUGGCACUCCGUGGGCCACUGGCCGUGGGGGCCUUGUUCCUCUGGCGAGGAAAGCCCUGACUACUUGAUGUCUCCUGGUAGAGGAGCUAGGCUCCACGCAGUGGCUCCCCCCGAGUAGGGGCCAGCGGAGCGACCUACCGUCCCACGGGGAAGAGAGUGGGUACUGCCCUACGGGGUAUGCGAGCCGCUCCGCUGGCACUCUGUGGGCCACUAGCCGUGGAGGCCUUGUUCCUCUGGUGAGGAAAGCCCUGACUACUUGAUGUCUCCUCGUAGAGGAGCUAGGCACCACGCAGUGGCUCUCCCCGAGUAGGGUCCAGCGGAGCGUCAAGCUCUCCCGCAGGGAGUAGAGUUGAGAGUUUCCAACUUUGGGAUAUAUGUUUCGGAGACCCUUGUCCCAUAUGGCAUGAAUCUAAGCUACCAGGAGAGAACUCUAUAAAAGCGCUCCGCUAGUAUUGGAUGAUAUUGUUUAUUAAAAUCUAAAAAUGCGUUAUUUAUAAAAUGUCCCAGACAUGUAA